CAGCAUCUGUGUGUGUGGGCUCCGAGACCAACCAGCUCCUAUUUCUGAUUCAUCUUCAGCGGAGAAACAUGUCGGAGCUUCAGCGAACAGGUGUCGUGGUGACGUCUGGAUGGACUCUGUGGAUGCUGCUCUGCUUCCUGGACACAGGUGUCCUCUCCCUGGUCGAGGUUCACCAGCCUCCGGUCGUCACUGCUGCUCUGGGCCAGGACGCCAUCCUCCCCUGUUGGCUGCAGAUCUCCCGGGACGAGGUGUUUGAGACCCAACCCGUCCUCUACUGGAUGUACUUAAAGCAGAACAGCACCCCCCCGCCCCGAGUCUGGAUCCCCUCGGGGGGAUAUAUGGGACGGGUGGACCUUCUGGACAACCCGGACUCAACCAACAAGUCCAUUAUUCUCAGAAAGGUCGAGUGGGCGGACAGUGGGAAAUACCUCUGUAAACUGUCCAUCACGUCCAAGAAGGAGGGAAGUUUUAGGAGAAAGGGCAACGAGACAUCACUCAUGAUCUACGGGACCGUGCUCUUCGGCGUCACCAACCACAAUGAGUCUCUGCUCCGCUGUGAAGCCACCGUGACGAGGGGCGUAGGAUUCGCUCUGGCCGUUUUCCAUCAGGGCUGCAGGCUGGAGACGGUGGACUCGGCUCCGGGAGCCUCCUCCGGGACGUUCGUCACUCUGUCCGAGACCUUCUCCCUGAGGGGGGGAGGCAAAUACGAGUGUCAGCUGCGUCUGAACAGAGAUGUGAUAACCAGGAGCAUCUUCCACAGCAACCUGCCUGGUGACGAUGGACAAAGAAAUGCGUCUGGGACGAGUUCAUCAGGUGCUGGAACACCGUUGUACCCGGAGCCGUGGUUCCUGUACACUGCUCUGCUGCUGGUGCCCGUCGCCUUCAUGGUGGGAGUGUUCACGGCCACACUGCUGCGAAGAUGAGGCUGCUCUUCAUCAUCAUCACCAUCAUCAUCAUCAUCACCAUCGUCUUCAUCAUCACUAUCAUCAUCAUCAUCAUCAUCAACUUCAUCACCAUCAUCAUCACCAUCAUCUUCAUCAUCAUCAUCAUCAUCAUCAUCAUCAUCAUCAUCAGAUCACAGUGGACAAAUCUUCAUCCUUUGUCGUCCUCAGCCGAAGCUUUUAGAGACAAAUAAUCAUUUUUGUAUAUUUCUUGAUAAUCCACCUUUAAUUAAAGCAAUCAGCCAUAAGAUUAUGACCACCCAGCACCAUCACAAACUUUCCCGUGAGGGUGACGUCAAACUCUUUCAGAGAAUAUUAUCUUUACAUCGUUUUAUGAACAGAUCUAAUCAAACAUGCAGCUUGUGUGUCUUCGCUAUUAGUGAAACACUUUUAUAUUCACCAGCAUUUAUAUUAAAUUAUUAUAGGCGUUUAUGGAUCAGUUUGCACAGUAACACAGGAAUCAAAUGUUUUAAAAUGGGACCUGAUUUAUUGUCUCUGAGGGACAGAUGAGAGUCCUGACUUCCUGUUAAUGAAUAAAAUGUCUCAUGGAAUAAAAAAAAAUAAAAAAAAAUGCAUUAAAUCAGUAAAGACAUAAAUCUUCAUACAUGUUAAAUUACUUUAAUGAUUGUAUUUCUGUCAGUUUUUUAGACUGUGUUUAAAUAUGGAUGAACAACAUUCAACAAUCCUUG